CAUUUGGGGGAUAUCUGUACUGUUCUGACAUUUGGGGGAUAUCUGGUCCUGAUAUUUGGGGGAUAUCUGUACCGUCCUGACAUUUGGGGGAUAUCUGUACCGUCCUGACAUUUGGGGGAUAUCUGUACCGUCCUGACAUUUGGGGGAUAUCUGUACCGUCCUGACAUUUGGGGGAUAUCUGUACCGUCCUGACAUUUGGGGGAUAUCUGUACCGUCCUGACAUUUGGGGGAUAUCUGUACCGUCCUGACAUUUGGGGG